UCUCUUUCUUUUUUUUUUUCAAAAAUUUCGCCUGACUUUAAAUUAUUCCAAAAAACUUACGAAUGGAGGGAGUUUGGUUUAGAUAAUUGGAAGGAAAUGAUGUAUGAAUGAGAAAUAUAAAAUUAUCUUUAUUCAGAAAUGAUAAAGCUGUGACAUAAAGGUAGUUUUAUCCCAGUUAAGAACCUGUGAACAAAUAUUUUAAGUCUUAAAGUUUCAAGGGUGUGUUCUCUUCACCUUAAAUCAAGAUUAAUUUUAUUUUUAAUAAAUUCGGAUAAUAAGUUUCCAUAAGUUUAAAUACAUUUUGACAAUAAAUCUGGCUACAUGUUAAUAAAUGUAGCAAUUUAUAAAGUACAAUUGGUUAUAGGUUCUUCUAAACUACAAUCCGAGUAAAUGAGGUGUAAAACACUAUGUGAAUUUAGAGAUUUUGCCUUGUUAAAUAGUCCGUUGAUGCUAAACCUAUGCUUUAUCAGUUUAUUCAUCUUAAUAUCUCUCUUGAGAGGAAUGUGUCCUAACUUUGUACGUUAUUUAAAAAAAAAAUAUCUUUAUUCUUUGUUCAACCGCAUCUUCAAAGUUCUAACGGCCAUAACUUCUCACCACACUUUAUUUUUUCUCUCUUCCAUCUCAUGGCCUCAUCAAUGUCCACAUUCCUCCAUUUUCCCGCCAAUUCUCACUCUGCUUUCUCUCAUAAACCCUUCUUAAACCCUAACUCCACAAUCUCCAACCACUCAAUUUCCCCCAAAAUCCCUAAUUUUUCUCUCUCUUCAUCUCAAUCUCUCUCCGCCAAAACUCACCUCUUAAACCUAAUCUCCGAUCAAAAUCGCGGCCUUAAGACUCAACAAAACCCUAAAAUUCAAUCCCAAAUUAUCGACGCAAUUGAAUCUCUCGCUGUUCUCGGCAAAGAUUUCAUCACAACCGACGCUUCUCUUUCUGGAACUUGGCGAAUGCUUUGGACUACAGAAAAAGAGCAGCUUUUCAUCAUAAAAAAUGCCAGUUUUUUUGGUACCAAAGUUGGAGAUGUUCUUCAAGUAAUCGAUGUUGAUAAUCUUAAGCUCAAUAAUGUCAUCACUUUUCCUCCUUCCGGGGUUUUCUUCGUUCGAUCGAGUAUCGAGGUUGCUUCCGCUCAAAGAGUGAAUUUUAGGUUUACAAGUGCGGUAUUGCGAGGAAAGGAUUGGGAGGUCCCUUUGCCACCAUUUGGGCAAGGAUGAUUUGAAAGGAAAAUGGCGCGCCACUCUUCCUAUGUUCGAAAGACUUCGAAGGAGAAUGCUAGCUCAUCUUCCCUACGUCCUUUCCCCCCCUCUCCUCUCCUAUCUUCUGUCUUUAUGCUUGCUACCGAGAAAACGUGCAAUGUACCUUUCUAGAAGACAAGGCAAUACACUAUUCCUCUUCAGCUACUCCUGCAACUACCUGAUACUGUAACAACUAGUUUUGCCAAAUAGGCCCUAAAUAGUUUUGAAGUGACAAAAAUGUUAGAAAAAUAUUUUGGUCUUAAGAUUCUAUAACCAGACACUGUUGUCUUAGGUUACAAGUUGCAAAGUACCUUUUGGACUUUUUGAUGUGAUUUUUGCCAAAUAUCCUUCUUACA